GCCGGAUCAACGUGACAGGCUGAUUCAUCAGUCAUCACACCACCUCUCUUCCUCCGCCUUGCGUCUGAGUAUAGACAGUCCUUCCGCAGCUCGAGCAUGCUGCAGGAGCUUUCUCACAUGGAUCGCAUCACCCAACUCCAGGACGAAAUCCAGAAUCUGCUCAUGAUUAUGUCCCGCAGCAUCGCGUAUCUCACGACGCGCGUCGACUUCGUGCAGGUCAGCGCGGAGGUGCCUGUCACCAAGCAGAGGAAGGAGGGCAAGUUCGAUCCGCCGGAUGUAUUGGAUGGUAAGCUCCAUUCUCUGCUCUGUGGCUCCCGUGCGGGCGGACGGAUCUUGACGCGUGCGGCGAUAGCGAACAAGCGGGAGCUGGUUGCGGAUCUCGUCAUGAAAGCGAAGCAGAUCGAAUAUCUUAUCAACUCGUUACCCGCACCAGAGUCCGAAGAAGCUCAGGAACAACGCGUCUCUACCUGCUCAACCUCCUGCUAAUCACGAUUUAUCAUUGUAGGCUGAACGACUGGAGACUCUGAACAAAGACAUGGAAGUGGCCAACGAGGAAUACCGCGAAGCCGUGGCGCGCGCUCGUAGUCUACACUCGCGCAUCGCCGAGAUCAUGGGCUCCUUGUUGCUCAAUACAGACACAGAGCUCCUCAGAGCUGCCGUCUCAUAAUGCGAGAGCCAUCUCUUUCACGCUAAUAUCGCUGAGGCCGGGGUAUCCGAUUGGUCCGCAUGCCUCCCCACGUACCAGUUUAUUCCCGCAGGCUGAGUCGCAGCUGUCAUGGGCCGAAGUGGAGUUGGAGCGAUUAGGUCCAAACUGCUGAGCCUGUUUGAAGCAGACAGUUAUCUCUCACUUGCUUGUCGUCAUCGACUUGUCAUAUGUCGAUUCCUGAAUAUCUAUAUAAACUACCGCAGCCCUCAGAUUCAAUCCCACUACUUCACUCAUGGCUACUACUGACAUUGGAAUAGUCUCUAUCCACCGCGCUCGCGGUAAUGUGACUAAAGACGCUCUUGACAUGGGAAUGAAGCGGCUGGUGGACGCGCUGGUGGUCCACCCCUUCGUCCAGCAGCGCUGGAACAAAGUCGAGCUCGUCUUGCAGACGCCCGAUCUCAUCGAGCACUUCAAGAACGUGGGCUUGGACCACCCGUUUCCCACCGCCGUCAUGCUCGUUGAAUGCUCAUCCGUAGAUGACUACGUCCAGGUCAUCACCCACCCAGACCUGGAUUCUGUCUUCUCUCAAGCGGAGACGCAAUUCGGGCUCAAAUCGAACGGGUCCGCGUUCUCGGCCGACGUGGCCAUCCGCCUCCAUCGCCCCGCGCCCGACGACGGGAAGCCGCAUUCGACGGCGAUGGCGCUGAUGAAAGUCCCGCGGGACUUGCAUCCGCAGGAACACCACGACGCGUUGGGCCCCCGGUUCGAUGAGUGGGUGAACAUGCCGCAGCAGGACAAGUAUUUGCGCAAGCACGUCCUGUGGGCCCCGAACGACGAUCUCGAUGGACGCCUGGGCGAGAUUGGGUUCCCGGCCCGCGAGCAUCUCCUCGUCUCGGAGAUUCAAGGCGAAACCCUCGACGACCUGAAGGCGAUCAUCGAGCAUCCGACUUUCGACGAUCUCUUCCAAGGUCAUACGGAGUGGGGCAAACUCUGGGGCGGUGCUUUCAAGAAGAGCGACUGCUUUUCGUCCAACGUAACGACCAGGUUGACCCGGGACAAGGAGGGCCGGGUCGUCGUAUUCCCUGCGUAGAUACCGGGCCGGUGCAUGUACAUUCGUACGUUUUUGAGAUAAGCUUGGUUUGAGAUUCAGGUCAUUC